AUGGCGUGGAGGCGAGGAGAUUGUAUCGGAAAGGGAGGUUAUGGGGAGGUGUUUAUCGCCAUCCCAAGCAACCCCGCCUUCAAGACGAUGGCCGUGAAAUCAGUUCCGAAAGAGAAUGCCGCCUCUCUCUUGAUCGAGUACCAAAUUCUGGAGAAGCUUCGCGACGUCCCGGGAGUGGUGCAAACCUUCGGCCUCGAAACCAGAGAAUCGGAACCCAGAAGCGGCGGCGGAAGAAGAACGUACAACCUGCUAAUGGAACUCUCGCCCAGAGGAUCUCUCGUGAAUUUGAUCGCUGAUUACUCCCUGCUAUCGGGAAUCCCGGAAUCCCAUGUCAGAGGCUACGCGAGAAUGAUUCUUCGCGCCCUGUCGUCAAUCCAUUCGCUUGGAUUCAUCCACUGCGACAUUAAACCCGACAAUGUCCUGGUUUUCCCCGCCGGAAACAUGGGAGGACAGUCAGAGAGCCUCUUCGAAUUGAAGAUUGCGGAUUUCAGGCUGGCGACGGAGACUUGGAAAUUGGGUCCCGGGAGCAGGAUAUUCACGGGGACGCUGAGGUAUAUGCCGCCAGAGGCGGCGGUGGAAGGGCAGGUUUCGCCGGCGAUGGACGUAUGGGGGUUGGGCUGCACUGUGGUGGAGAUGCUGACGGGGAAUUUGCCGUGGAGCAGAUUCAAGGAGGAUGGAGAGGUGUUGAGGGAAAUUGUGGCAGGCCGGACGCCGGAGAUUCCAGAGUGGUUGUCGGCGAAGGGGAAGGAUUUCUUGAGCAAGUGUUUUGCCAGGGAUCCCAAUCACCGGCUGCAUGUUGAGAUGUUUCUCAAGCAUCCCUUCGUGGCGGAUUAUGGUGUCAUCGGCGACCGGAGGACGAAGACGGCGGCGGUGUUCGGUGGAGGAGGAAUGGAGAUGCAGAGAUCGCCGGUUGCUGUGCGUCCUCGUCAGUUGUUUCAGUCAGGAAGAGCUGCUGCUUUGAUGUGUUGA